AUGAAAAACAUCAGGUUUCUCGGAGACGGCGGCGAUGGCUGUGGGUCGAAGCGCAAACAAGUGCGGCGAGCUUGCGAUUCAUGCCGAAGAGGGAAACGUCGAUGUCUCCAUGAUCCCGGUAACGAUGUCCUGGUACGGCAGGAAAAAGGCACGACCAAAAAAGCGACGGUUAUGGUGGACUUACUAGACAGCCGUGACAAUAUUCAUCCGGUACAUCACCAACCACAAGAAUCUCUGGAUCCUAGAGGGACACAUGAGCAAACCCAGCACUCUUCAUUGCCCAUAUCAACAUCGAGACCCACGGUUCCUUUCGCUGGCCCUUCAUCAGCGCACUCCCUUCUUCUCUCCGCUUGUAGAGACUCCAAUAUGGUGGCUCCCGGUAUAGACCUAGAUGCGGCACAUAGACUCCCAUACUCCCGCAUCCUACGUCCUUCUUUCCAGGAUAUGAGGGCACCCCCCUCCGAGAGAAGGCCGGGUGUAGGACCUGGAUACCUCCCCAUGGUAGUGAGAGCAGUCUUACCGUAUCUGGAAAUUGAAUGUCUUCAAAUGAUCCCCCCACGGCGGGAUCUCGAAGCACUCAUCCAGAUUUUCAGGGAAGAAAUCCACCCUAUCUUGCCUAUAGUAGACUUCGGCACGCAAGCGCUUACAGAGCCCGCGAACGGUGAUAACCCGGCAUCUAUCAUAAUGAGGCAGGCAAUCUGCUUAGCCGCUUGCAAGAAUGCAUCAGCCAGACAGUAUCUCAACCUCCCAGGGCAUGAGGACGGAGAUACCCUUGCCCAUACGCCCCGAUCUUUUGCCGACAUGCUUUUCGGUGCCCUGAAGAUCGCCCAAGAUAUUGGCCUCGUUAGCGAUAGGGUAGAACUCGUCCAGGUCCUUGCCCUAAUGGCCUUUCACUCAUAUGGUCCCGACGGCGAUGAUGAAGUUGCCCGAUUAUUCAAUCAGGCGGUACACUUCGCCUACUCUGCCGGUUUGCACUACCCCUCGUCACCAGAGAGCCCAGUCCCGGAAGCACGGCGUGUGGAGUUGCUUUACUCACUCCUCGCUCUUGAUAAGAUCAUUGCCAUGACCAGCGGCCGACCAACCAUAAUUCAUUAUAGCGAAAUAUGCUUACCAGCAUAUGAUGAUGCUAUAAUGGGUACCCUACCCCCCGGAUUCAAGUUGCUAUUAUUCUUAAGCAAGAUGCUCGACCAAGUCUUAGAUCUUUACCGAGCACAGCCGGCCGAGGAAAUGGCGAGAGAAAAAUGUGUAUGGGAGACGUCGUGGCCGGAAUUUGAGGAUUUGGCAAAGGACUGCAAGAUCCAAACUAUGGAACCUCCUCUCCAGGCCUGCUUGGAACUCCUCUACCACGUCAUUGGCGUCAUAUCCUACCGUCCUCCCCAAGCUCCGCCUCGCGGGCAACGUGCCGAAAGUACCUCUAAUAGCACAGUACUUCCCACCAUUCAAAGCGCGAAAGUGAGACAUAAAUACUGUGCUCAGAAAAUCUCAUUUCUCCUUGGCCUUGAUACGUCAAAACUCCCCUUCAUUCCAUAUGCGGCUUCUCUUUCCUUGACGGUAGCUCUCCGUAAUAUGAGCCAAGCUACGCUCGAGAGCACGAGGACGAUGGCGAAGGAUGACGUAGAAAGAAGCCUAAGGGUCCUUGAAGGAUUGACAGAGACGUAUUGGCAUGCGGAAUCGACGGGUACGAUCGGUCGUCAAAUAUUCUUAGGCCUCAUAUAG